CUCAUCAUUUUGCUGCGGAGCGGACGCUGCCGCUGACGCUCCUUGAAAAAUAUUUUACUGUAUUCUUCUAGGCCAAUAUUCAUUUUAGAAAAAGAAAUACGAAUAGGAAUCAAAUAAGAUUACUAAUAUUUUACUUAAACAAAAUAUACAAUACAAUGGCUGUCGUGCACAAUAGCAAAAUUUUGGAGUUCCUAGAGCUUGUUGGUCGUCUGAAGCAUUACAAAAGGACAGGUUGGGUGUUGUGCGACAUCGACGAAUGUGAAUCGAUUGCUGGCCAUAUGUACAGAAUGGGUAUGAUGACUUUUCUCCUGACUGAUGAGACCAAUACUACCAAUUUGGAUCGUUUCAAGUGCCUUCAAAUAGCUCUGGUUCAUGAUUUAGCUGAGUGCAUUGUGGGUGACCUGACCCCUCAUUGUGGAGUGUCGCCUGAGGAAAAGCAUCGAAGGGAAGACGAAGCCAUGAAGCAGAUCGCAGAGUUGACAGGAAUCGCCGGGGACAGGAUGUAUCAUUUAUACAAGGAGUAUGAAAACCAAUCUUCACCGGAAGCUAAUUUUGCAAAGGAUUUAGAUCGCUAUGAUAUGAUCCUGCAGGCAUUUGAGUAUGAGAAGCGUGAGAACAAACCAAACAAAUUGCAAGAGUUCUUUACAGCAACGGAAGGCAAGUUUAAACACCCUUUUAUUCAGGGUUUGGUCCAGGAACUUUAUAGCCAAAGGGAGGAGUUUGAAAAGAAAUCUCAAUUAAAUGGCAAAGCUUAAAACUAAGCCUAAUUCGCCUAUAUUAAUAUUUGAUAGUAAUUUACUGCAGAUAUUAAGUUAAUUAAUGUUGAGCUGUGUUGCUCUCAUACAAAGCCAUAAGAAUUCUUAAAAAAAUGCUAUUAUACUAUUGUUAUUAAUUUAAAAGCAACAAGUUCAGUUAAGUUUCUGUUAUUCACAAUACAAUUUUACCUAGUUUUUUUAGUUGUGAUUAUUAUCGUUUAACUAAUAAUAAUACUCAAUUGAUGGUUACUCGUGUCAAUAAGAUAGUCAAUUGAUAAGCUCAAAGUGCAUUUGAAUGCAUAUCCUGUUGCUAUCAUAAUUAUUAUAGUAACAGGAUUAUGCAUUCAACUUCAGCGUUUUUUACUACCUAACUAAUUGAUUACAAUAUACUUAAUCGUUCAUUUUAUAUCUCCUUAUUUGAAAUUCAUUUAUUGGGUACCUAAUAAGAAUAAUACGAUAUAAAAACAUUCUGCAGAUAACAUAAAACAUGUUUAACUUAAUUUAAAACGUAAUUUUCAACUGUAACAGGAAUCUUCCUACUUAUUUCAGUAGGAAGAUUCCUAGAGAAGUAUUAUGUUCCUUGGUAGGUACAGUUCGCUCCAAACAACUUGAUAGUUCUGAAAUUGGCAGCGAUUACAUUUUUGUGCUUUGACUGGCUUUGACAAACCAAAUAACUGUCAAUCUUUGAAAUAA